AGUUGCAGCGGCAGUGUUGCUAAAUGAAGAUAAACGCUGAUUGAAAUGGCGUCAGUCACGGUACGUGGCUGGGCUCUCUGCACCGUGUCUCUGCUUAACUUUGCGUUUGUUUUCAUAUCCGGUGCAGACUUCAUUCGGUUCAUAUCAUUUCGAGCCAUUUACCACAACAUCAGCGGGGAGACGACACUCUGUCAAGACUCCAUACCAUGGUCUGUGGCCCUGCGGGACAGCUCUGUCCUCAGGUCUCUUGUCGUGGAUCUGGGCCUGCUGGGUCUCUUCACCACACAGCACAGUCUGCUCGCCUGGUCACCUGUCAAACAGGCCAUCCAGUCGGUGCUGGGGCCCCUGAACAGGACGGCAUACUGCUUCACCACAGCACUGGCCCUCCAGAUUUUGAUGCGUUGCUGGCAGCCCGUGACUGACGCUCCCUGUCUGUGGUCAGUGCGUCAUGCACCCUGGAGUAUCUGGUUCCCUCUGCUCUGCUUCUCGCUGCACUUCCUCUGCUGGGCUAUUAUCUUCAGCAUCCUCAUGAUCUUUGAUUACCCAGAACUGCUGGGCAUCAAGCAGGUGUAUUACGACUGCCUCGGUUUAGGGGACCCCCUGUCUCACAAGUCGCCUCGUGCCCAGCGCCUCCUGUCUCACCUCCGCCACCCGGUGUGCCUGGAGCUGGGCGUCGUGCUGUGGCUCCUGCCGGCCUUGUCCCUGGACAGGCUCCUGCUGGCUGGGACUCUGUCGGCCUACCUGGCCCUGGCACACUCCCUGGACAAACAGGAUUUAGCCUACCUUUGUAUCCAGCUUAAAAGCAAGAUGCAGCUCUUGACGGAGCCGCACCGGGGCAGCCGGGACAACAGCAACCACAAGGAGAAGUGAAGCGAAGGUCUUCUUACUGCUGUGAUGUGAAGCCAACUGCUGUCUUAAUAUUAACCAGAAAUAUACAUCUAUUUGUGGAUAUAGACAUAUAAUAUCGCCCUGAAACUGACUUUUCCAUGUGCCUGGUUAUCUACUGUGCUGAAUAAGAACAAAGCAAACCUGCUCUGGCCAUUCACUGCUAAUGGCAAAUGACUAUUUUUUUAAAUUUCCGUUUCACUUCAUUUGCGGUUUGGGAAAAGGGAGAGUUUAUUACAAAAGGAGUUUUUUUUUCUACCAUUUGAAAACACCUACUACUACUAAUGAGGAUGUGUUAAUGUUUUUAAAGCGUGGCUGGUGUUAAACUAAACUGCUGUAAUGUUGCGUGAACAGUUUAAAUUCUCAGUCAACAUAAUGUAACAGUUAUAUUAAUGAGGUUAUCUUUGUAUUCUGACUAAAUUUUGGAAAAAAGUUUUGUCCAAAAUAGAGAUUUUGUGUAAAUUUUGCAGUAAAACCUUCUAAAUAUAUCUUUGUUUUUACUACACUGACUUUUGGUUUAACAGUAUAUUUUGAUAGGCUGCAGGUUUGCUGUAUUUCUUUGUCUUUCAUAUGUAAUUGUCAUACUGAUGUUUUACACUGGCAAAUGCACAAAAAUGCAGCUUUCUUUUCAGUUUGCAGCUAUGAUGAAAAACAAGUUGCAUCUCUGAGAUUGUGAAUGUAUUUCCUUUGUUUUGUGUUCAGGACUCAUCAAACUGAUGUCAGACCAGUGAUAUUCCACUGGUUUCUGAACAGUCUGGACAAAGUUAGUAACAGUUUAUUAGCAGAGUGACCACUACAUUCCUAAAUACUGUCAUUAAUUCUUGAACCUCAAACUACUGUAAUAUCCGAUUCAACAUGUACGCUCAUAUAGUUUUCCCAUGUCUGCGUUGGGAUCUCACUAUAAUGACAAUAAUGACUUUCAGUAUUUUGUAUUCCAUGUUGAAUAAAGUAAUGAGCUGUU